GGGCCUGCGCUGCGCGGCACCGUCCCGCCGCCUUCCUGCGCCCGCCCCGCCGAGGCUCCGCUCCACGGCGCCCGGCCCGGCCAUGCUGCGGCCGGAGCCCCUCUGCCUCCUCUUCCUCCUCGUCCUCCUCCUCCUGCCGCUGCCGCACGGCGGCCGGGCCGCUCCUCCGCCCACCCCGGGCCCGAACAACGCCACGGGCGCCACCCGGGCGGCCGCGGGUAACGGCACGCAGCCGAGCCCAUCGCCGGGAGCGCGGCGCCCGCCAGGGUCAGGGCUGCUGCCGGGGUCGGGGCUGCCGGUGCUGAAGCGGGCGGUCUAUGUGCUCAGCGCCCUCUCGGCUCUCGCCGCGCUUUAUUUCCUCCUGCGGGCGUUCCGCCCUAGGUCAGAGGGAGCCAGAAACGAGCGAAAAACUCAUUUCAGGUUGAAGAAACCUCAGCGGAAGAAAUACGGGCUCCUGUCGAGCUACGACGAGAACACGGAGAUGGGCUCGCUCGACAGCGACGAGGACACGGUGUUUGAGAUGAGGAACCUGCAGCGGUAAGCGCCUGGUUCGUGCAUUUCUCUCCUCC